AUGGAUGGCAGUCAUGAUGAUGGUGGUAAAGUAAGGGCAUUACCGGAUUUAGCCGGCUUCUUAAUCGGAUGGAUCGACCGACGCUCAAAAUGGCACUCAUCUUCCUAUAUGACAGGCUUCUGUUUGGCUUCACUGCUGGUGGCAAAAGGUGACUAUAUGCGCACCAAUCGUCGAAGGGAAGAUCUCGUGCUCGUCUUCAACGAAUGCUGUAUACGCUUCUUACUACUUACCCUGGGGGGGAUCAUAUACCCGGCUCUGAGUGCUCUAGAAUCUCAACCUGACCCAUUCCCAGAAUGUCUGAUUAUAUUGGGCAGCCUGAGUGCCACCCAGUGCUUUAGCACCCAUGGAACACUGAGGCGCUUAGCGCACAGCCUAGUAAAUCGGCUUUGCGGAAUACUCGCGGAGUUCAUCACUGUUUUGCGUGUUACUCAUAUCGAAAUUCAAAGUGCCCUCUGGACAUCGCAAGCCGACCACUACUUCGGGAACGGAACGACAAAAUCUAACGUGUCUGGUAAAUUUCCUCGGAUGCUCAUGGCUUUAGGCAUCGAUCCUUCAGAGUGCACACUUGGUACUGAACGUAUUUUUGGCUCAACCACUAACAUCCCCUUGUCUACAGAAGGGAUACGCCCCAGAAGAUCAACUCCCAAAUAUCCUGCUUCUCGUACUAGCCUAGGCCCACAAAACGCUAUCCAAGCCGUCCAUGUGGCUGUUCCAAUUCCUUUCGAGGAAAAGUUUUCUUCAGAGUGGACGCUGAAAAGUAUAGAAGCAUAUAAUGCGGUCAGGGUGAAACAGAUCGAUGAACGUUACGGCCACCCAAUAGCAGAGAACGACAGUCCGAUUCGGAAGAAAGCUAGCGUAAAGAAUUCCCAUUAUGACCUGUUCAACACCAAAUCCUCUGAAAGACUCGAGACGAAAUGGUCAAUAGGCGUAUUCCCGAUGCCGAGUGAUAGGUUCAGAGAAGUCAUCAACUUCUAUCUACAGCUGCGGCAAUGGCAACUGCGUGUGCGUUUCAUUGAAUGCUUCUGCAGUCAAAUUUUUCGAUUGAGGUUUAGUGAAGGGCAUACGUCCCUCAUAGCAGAUAACGGCACUACCUCGGAUGUUCUGGGUACCGGGAGAGAGAUCAAAGGGCCUCAAGAAUCCUGA